AUGUCAGUUUUCUUGAAGUUUUCUUUCUUCUCAGUUUUCUGUGUUUCUGUUUCCUCUUUGCUCAGCUCUAUAUAUUCCAGUAAUCUGACGGAACGGUCAGCCCAUAUAAAAUACCCAGUUUGCUUUUUUGAAUUCGAAAUGCUCAACUAUCUCUCACCAGUUAUGGACGAAGACGAUGAUCUCUUUGGCUCAGACUUAGACGAUGAUGACAAGAGAGACAAAGGAAGUCCUGAAGACAAGAAGUUUUUCUUUCGCAAAGAGCUGCGGUCUAUGUUGUACGGAUUCGGAGAUGACAAAGUGAGUUAUCUCUUCCAAUUUUUUUCUUUUCCAAUCAAUAGUAUAGUUGUGCAGGUACCAUAUGACAAAACUCUUGAGACGUUGGAAGGAAUAGUUCUGGAUUACAUAAAGGAACUGUGUGAGAGAGCCAUGAAUGUGAGUAAACUUCAGAUUCGUUCAAGAUUUAUUUUUGCAUAUUCAUUCCAUUUUUUUUCUAUCUCAUGUGUCGCUGUGUGCUGAAA